AUGCCCAAAUCGGCUGCGGCGCGAGCUGCAGCGACUAGCAACACCAGCGCGAAGAUCAUGACGAGUGAAACAGGGCCCGGGGGCGACGCAUCGGGGCUUUCGAAUACACUACAGGGACAUGUUGACGACAUUCGCACUCUUUUACAAUGUGGAAUCUGUAUCAGGCCACUCUACGAACCGUUUACUCUGGCCUGCGGGCAUACCUUCUGUUAUAGCUGUUUAACAUCAUGGUUCACCGGUGGGAGGACAAAUAAAACAUGCCCAGACUGUCGAGCACCGGUAAAAUCGCAGCCAACGCCUGCGUAUCUCGUUCGUGCGGUGGUUCAAAUGUUCACAAGUCGUGCAGAGCUUUUGGAGAAAGGAGAGACAACUGCGGAACACACACAGCAUCAACAGGAGGAAGCCGAAAGACUAGAGAAUGACAAGAAAAAUACACAUCCAAAAGAAGGAGGUUUAUUCCGAGGCACAUUCAACAAGAAGCCCCCAGUUGCACAACCCAUUGUUGACCUCGAAGACGAUGUUGUUCGCUGCCCCCAUUGCUCGUGGGAACUCGAAGAUGAUUCGGGUUGCGCCCAAUGCGGAUACCGACAACCCCCUGAUUCGUUGGCUGGUACCGAGUCAGGACUGAGUGAGUCAGACGAGAACUCGGAGAUGACCGAUUAUUUCGACGAUGAGCUCGAUGAUGGUUUUGCGGAGAUUGACGAAUACGCCUGGCAAGGUUUGCAAGGCGGCAUACCACCUGACCAUCUACCAUUUGGAAUACCUCCCCAGUUGUAUGGAUUAAACCGCCGCAAUUUUCACCCUCCCUUUGCGCUUCCUCUCGCCAAUAAUCCCUAUGAAUGGCAGUAUGGCGGCCGCUCGUCUCCUGUUAUUGGCGAUAGCGAAAUUGGCGAUAGCGAAGAUGAGGAAGAGGAAGAAGACUACGAUGAUGGUGAGAUGGACUCUUUUAUCGAUGAUGACGAACAUGUUGAUGAGAAUGACUACAACUCCGAAUCGGACCGGUCGACGGUGGUUGGUGAUAAUGAGUACCACGAACGAGAUUAUUACCACGAGCCCCAGCACUAUCGCUUCGAUGCCUCGCAAGUGGACAGUGAUGUUCCGAUGUCACAACAAGGCGAUGGAAGCGAUGACUCGGAAGAUGUUGUUGAAGAAGAUGAGGACCAUGAUGACGACGACGAUGACGAUGACGACGAAGAGCCAAUACGACCAGCCGUAAAUGGUCCGCGGUAUAAUACCCAGCGCUUCGGUCCGCAGGGCAACCCAUCUGGCUUCAGACCAACUCUGCACUCCCGGAUGAUUAACAGAUCUCGUACUGAAAAUCCCCUCCAAACUCCGCGUUCAGUUGGAUCAUCUGCGAACAAUGCAAUAAGUCUUGACGAUGAUGAUGACGAGGACGAGGACUCUGACGAGGGCCCUGUUGGACCUUCGCGGCGAGGAAGAGACAGAAGGAACUGCGGGCGUCUCGCAUAUUGA